GAUUGCCUGAUGGCGGAGAAAACGGGCGGAGCCCCUAUUCGCAUCCGAGGAGGAGACGAACUCCUCUUCCUCUCCGGUCUCCCACGGGAACUAGGAAAUCUAGCCUUCGACGGCUAUUUAACAACCCUACCACCCUCUUAUAUGGCCACAUUCUGGGUUUCUCUCUUCGUUUUCUUGUGUUCUUCGGGUUUUCGCCGUCGUCCGCCCCCAUCUCCUUGGCCGCCUUCCAACAUCGCCGGAGACGAGGUAUUUGAUCUAGGAGAUGGAGUCCCAUGAUGGGGUAGACCCUCAAUCUGAGACAAAUGCUGUUCUGCCUCCGCCGCCCCCCACAAUACAUCCAAAUGUUGUUCCAGUUGAAGCAGACCAUGAACAAUGUUCUCCUCCAAAAAAGGCAUCAAAGCCUAAGAGGGUGCCGAUGGCAAGACCUGGCCUUGCAAGCAGAGGGCAGCCGAUCACCCUCUUAACUAAUCAUUUCAGAGUUUCUGUUCAGAAUUUGGAUGGCUAUUUCUAUCAUUACAGUGUUUCCUUGAAAUAUGAAGAUAAUCAUCCUGUUGAUGGGAAUGGUGUCGGUAGAAGGGUGAUGGACAAAUUACAGCAGACUUAUGAUACUGAGCUGGGAAAUAAGGAUUUUGCAUAUGAUGGAGAAAAAAAUCUGUUCACCAUGGGUGCUCUUCCUCAAGUGAACAAUGAAUUUACUGUUGUGCUUGAGGACAUAUCCUCAAGCAGAACUGCUGGCGAUGGAAGUCUGGGAGGAAAUGACGGCCCUAGUGAAAGUGUCCGCAAACGAUUAAGGCGUCCUUAUCAGACGAAGACUUUUAAAGUUGAACUUAGUUUUGCUGCUAGGAUACCUAUGCAGUCCAUUGCCAUGGCUCUAAAGGGUCAAGAGAAAGAAAACUCACAAGAAGCUUUGCGAGUUCUUGAUAUCAUUCUAAGGCAGCAUUCAGCAAAGCAGGGUUGCCUUCUUGUGUGCCAGUCCUUUUUCCAGAACAAUCCUUCAAAUCUUACUGAAAUUGGUGGUGGUGUCCUGGGAUGUCGGGGUUUCCAUUCUAGCUUUAAGACCAUACAAGGCGGGCUGUCAUUAAAUGUUGAUGUCUCGACUACCCUGAUUCUCAAACCAGGGCCGGUUGUUGAUUUUCUUGUUGCAAACCAAAAUGUUAGGGAUCCCUGUCACAUAGACUGGGCAAAAGCUAAGCGGAUGCUUAAAAAUUUGAGGAUAAAGGCAAGUCCAUCAAAUACAGAAUUUAAGAUUGUUGGUCUGAGUGACCUACCUUGCAGCCAGCAAAAGUUUGCACUGAAGCAGAAAAGUAGUGGGAAUGGAGAUGAUAUUCAUACAACAGAAAUAACAGUCUAUGAGUAUUUUGUCAAGUAUCGUAACAUAGAGCCAAGGUAUUCUGCUGAUCUGCCGUGCAUCAAUGUUGGUAAGCCAAAGCGCCCCACAUAUUUUCCGAUGGAGCUCUGCACUUUAGUAUCAUUGCAACGAUAUACAAAAGCAUUGACGAAUCUUCAAAGAGCUUCACUAGUGGAAAAAUCAAGGCAAAAACCUAAAGAGAGAAUGGAUGUUUUAGCAAGGGCUUUAAACUACAACAAUUAUAAUGCUGAUCCAAUGUUGCGGGCAUGUGGUAUUUCUAUAAAUACACAUUUCACUCAAGUGAAUGGCCGUGUUUUACCUGCACCUAAGUUGAAAGUUGGAAAUGGUGAAUACUUUACUCCAAUGAAAGGGAGAUGGAAUUUCAACAACAAGAAACUGAUUGAGCCCACCACAUUGAAUGAAUGGGCUGUUGUGAAUUUUUCAGCUCGCUGCGACAUACGGAAUCUCAUAAGGGGCCUGACCAAAUGUGGAAGCAUAAAGGGAAUUAACAUAGAUCGACCCUCUGAUGUCUUUGAAGAAAAUCCUUCCAUGAGGAGGGCUCCUCCUGCUACUAGAGUGGAGGAUAUGUUCGAAAGGAUGAAAAGAAAGUUUCGUGAUGCCCCUCAGUUUCUUCUAUGCCUCUUGCCAGAGAGGAAAAACUCUGAUGUUUAUGGUCCUUGGAAGCGAAGGUGUCUUUCAGAAUAUGGAAUUGUCACGCAAUGCAUUGCUCCAACUAGAGUGAAUGAUCAGUACCUGACCAAUGUUCUGCUGAAGAUCAAUGCCAAGCUUGGUGGAGUAAACUCUUUACUGCAAGUUGAAGAUUCUCAAAUUAUUCCCCUUGUUUCAACCAUUCCUACAAUUAUCUUUGGUAUGGAUGUUUCGCAUGGCUCACCUGGCCGAUCUGAUGUGCCAUCAGUUGCUGCGGUGGUAAGUUCCAGACAAUGGCCAUGCAUUUCUAGAUAUAGAGCUUCUGUGCGAACUCAGUUGCCAAAAGUUGAAAUGAUAGACAACUUGUUUAAGCCGACCCAAAGUGGUGCUGAUGACGGCAUUAUUCGGGAACUGCUGAUUGAGUUUUACAUCAGUUCUGCACAAAGAAAGCCUGAUCAUAUUAUUAUUUUCAGGGAUGGAGUUAGUGAGCCGCAGUUUAAUCAGGUCUUAAACAUUGAGCUGGAUCAAAUUAUUAAGGCUUGCAAAUUUCUUGAUGAGCAGUGGUCUCCUAAAUUCACUGUGAUAAUUGCCCAGAAAAAUCAUCAUACAAGGUUCUUCCGAGCUAAUAACACGCAAGAGAAUGUUCCACCUGGCACAGUAGUCGACAACAAAGUAUGUCAUCCACGAAACUAUGACUUUUACAUGUGUUCGCAUGCUGGGAUGAUUGGCACCACUAGGCCAACUCAUUACCAUGUUCUGCAUGAUGAGAUUGGGUUCUCAGCUGAUGAUCUGCAGGAACUUGUUCACUCGCUUUCCUAUGUUUACCAGAGGAGCGCAUCUGCCAUUUCUGGAGUUGCACCCAUUAGCUAUGCCCACCUGGCGGCGGCACAGAUGGGUCAGUUUAUCAAGUUUGAUGAUAUGUCCAACUCUUCUUCAAACCAUGGAGCAUGCACAUCAGCUGGGAGUUCCUCGGUUCCAGAGUUGCCAAGACUGCAUAAAAAAGUGUGCAGUUCCAUGUUUUUUUGUUAAGUGCCGCGUAUCAGAGCUAUUUUUUGUUUAUCAGGAUAUAGAAAACAAGAUGCAAGUUUUGCAGAUUUUUUUUCUUGAGUAGUAGUUGAUGUCUACAGAAUAUUAUGUAUGAACAUAAGUCACUAUUUGAAUAGAAGUUUGUCAAAUUCUCUUUUGCAUC